CCGACUUGAAACACAUGUUAUCGAUGUUAAAAUCGAUAAUUAAGAAAUUCAAAAUUAUCUGAUAAUGUUUAAAGGAGAAACAAGUGUGCCAGAGUUCAGUUUAGUUUAAAUCUCAUGAUUUUAAAAGAUAAUGAAGUUCAUAAAUUGAUGUAUUAGAAAUGAAUGUAUAUUUACGCAAAAUAAGGCAGGAAAGUGAACAAUGUGCAUAUGAUUCUAGGCACAUGUGCAUAUAUAUAUAUAUAUAUACGUACGUACAGAGAUCAGCACAUGCAUGAAGUGUAUUUGUAGUACGUAAGAGUUUGUCUACUUUUAUUGUUUAGCAGUGCACAGAAUAAACAGAUCUAGUGUUCUAUAAAAUGGUUUUGACCAUCACGUCGCCAUUGCUGCAAGCAUGCUGCAAGUAUGUGUUUCGAACUCCGCUUCGUAACUUCAGAAGACUCGUCGACGUUCAUCCGAGAGUGCAACGAUCGCUUAAGCAAGGAGAAGCCGUUGUUGCCUUAGAAUCGACGAUCAUUACACAUGGCAUGCCUUAUCCACAAAAUAUUGAAACAGCGCAGUCGGUGGAACAGCUUGUUUCUGAAAAUGGUGCGUUAGCAGCAACAAUUGCAAUAAUCAAUGGUCGAAUAAAGGUAGGUCUUACAUCAGAGGAAAUGGAAAAAAUAGCAAAAAAAAAUCGUAAUGAGAUAAUGAAAAUUUCAAGACGAGAUUUACCUUAUUUGGUAGCUACGAGAGGAAGUGGUGGCACAACUGUAGCAGCUACAAUGAUUAUAGCCCACAUGUUAGGAAUAGAUAUAUUUGCUACUGGAGGUGUUGGUGGAGUUCACCGCGAUGGACAUGUUACAUUGGAUAUAUCAGCAGAUCUGGUGGAGUUAGGUCGAACACCAGUCACGGUAGUGUCAAGUGGAAUAAAAUCUAUAUUGGAUAUACCUCGAACUCUUGAGUAUUUAGAGACCCAAGGGGUAUGUGUUGCGACUUAUGGAGUUGAUGAUUGCACUUUUCCUGAUUUCUAUACACGCAAUAGUGGAUGCAAGGUUCCAUACAACCUAAAUGGGCCACUGGAAGCGGCUAACCUAAUAAAAGCUUUGAAGGAGUUAGAUCUAAAGUCAGGAAUUUUGAUCGGUGUACCUGUACCAGAGCAAUUUGCAGCAAAUAAAGAUAUGAUUGUAGCGGCAAUUGAAGAGGCAACGCGUGAAGCAAAAAUUCAGGGAAUUAGUGGCAAGCAAGUAACGCCAUAUUUGUUGGCGGCAAUAGCUAAAAUAACACAGGGUAGAAGUCUAGAUGCAAAUAUUGCGUUGAUUGAAAACAAUGCAUGUGUUGCUGCUCAAAUAUCGCGUGAAUUAUCCAAGCAAAGUAAAAGUUAUAUAUUUGGAGGUGAAUCUGUGCCUGAAUCCGUCUCCACACCCCUAGUGAUUGGUGCCUCAAUUUUAGAUCUCUCAUUAACAAUGGUCGAUGAAAUUCCAAAAGUCCUUGACGGAGCUACGUAUAGUGCAAAGCCAACCGAAUCAGCGGGUGGUGUUGGGCGAAACAUUGCCGAGGGUAUUUUUAAAUUGUAUGGCACAGCAAACUUUAUUUCCAUUGUUGGUGACGACCAACUCGGAAGAAGCUUAUUGAAAAUGAUUCCAAAGCCAUUGAGAAAUUCUGUAAUGGUGGAUGAAGAAUGUGCUACUUCCCUCUGCACUCUACUUUUUGAUAAAACUGGUGACUGCAAAAUCAUUUUAGGAAAUAUGGAUAUUCAUCGUAAAAUUACAGCAGAGAUUAUACAACGACAUGAGGAGUUGAUAAGUUCCGCUCCCAUAAUUGUAAUAGAUAGCAAUCUCUCGUUUGAAGCAAUGGCAUGUGCUCUGCGUCUUGCUCAAAAACAUCGGCGACCGGUGUUUUUUGAACCAACCGAUAUGCGAAUUGCUCACAAGCCGUUUACUCUACCCAGGAAUCUCGCAGAACAGAUUCGAAUUAUAUCGCCAAAUAUUUAUGAAUUGCAUACUAUUGUAGAAGCGAUCACUGGUAAUCCAGUUCGUAGUAAAGUCAACAAUAGUGAUCCAACAGAAAUUUUACUGGAGAAAGCCAAAUAUAUGCUGACACUUGUCCAAGAUAAUUUCGAUUGUAUCAUUCUAACGCUCGGACAACAAGGCGUAUUACUUAGUCUGAAUGGCAAUUUAGCGGCAUCCGGUAAACCAUUGUUUGAUGUAAAGACUGGUUCUUAUUUACCCAUCACGAAAAAUGCCGAAAAGGUUCACGCACUACGGUUUUACAAGGCACCUAAAGUGGAAAACAUUAAAAAUGUGUCAGGGGCAGGUGAUAGUUUUACAAGUGGUUACAUAACAGCACUUUUACGAGGCUAUGACAUGAAAAAAUGUGUAGCGUUGGGAUUUCUGGCGGCAGAACGGGCUCUGCAAUCACGUGCCGCAGUACCGUUACGCUAUUUCAGUGAUGAUAUUGAAGAAACUGCUAGCUUGGAAAUAGCUAUAAAGAACCUCAAGGAAACGUCUUUGUAAGUCUACGUUAUUAGUUAAUAUAUAUGGGAACUAUAUUUUUAUGCCUAUAUAAAAAAUUAACUCUAAUUUAUAUAAUCACAUUUAUAUCAAUAUAUAAAAAAUGUACAUAUCAAUCUUUUAAAGAAAAUUUAUGGGAUUACAUUCAUAUAUAAUUUGGAAUGCAUACUUUUUAAUUCAUCCAAGAAUAUGUGUAAGUGCAUUGUUAAUGAGAGAUAUAGCUAUAUAUGUAAAUUAAAAUCAUUUUUGAAACAACAUUAUUGAUUUUAUAUAAGAAAAAGGUUGACAAUCUUUUUAUUUGGUUUAUUUAUUUAAAACGUUAAUUUUUUAAUAGAAACUGCAUUUGUAAUGAAAUACGAAUACUUCUUUUAAGACUAUUUUUACACAUUAUAUAACUCCUCUGAAUGUAUCCUAAUAAGCCCAUCUGUAACAAAUAAUACAAAUUUAUUAAGUCUAAAGUAACAAUAAUAAAAUAUGCGUCCAAUGAAAAACUGUCAA